AUGUUCUUGAACCGCGUCGAUUCCUUCGACAUCAACACUCAAACGUUAAGGCAGGUUGGCUACCUUUCCUGUAGCCUGAGCAACGCCUACUCCUUCUUCCACGCGGGAAAUAUCAUUAUUGUUGGCGGACAGAUCUAUGUCAAUAGGCAUUGUCCCCUUGUACUCUCGUUCAAUGUACAGACGGGCGUGACCACCAUUCUCCUCGAGGGAUUGGUAGAUGACUCGGUUAGCUGCUUUGAUGGCGUGGACAACAUCUACAUUCUCUCCGCCAAGACACUCACACGAUACACAUUGUCCAGCAAACAAUCAAUCAACUUGGCAAAGUGUCCAUUAUAUCAAUAUUCUUGCCCGUUCAUCUAUGACACAUUCGUUGGCGAAAUUCUCUACCUCUGUGGCACUAGCAAGAACUAUCGAUACUCAACCUCGGAAGAUAAAUGGACAAGGAUCAAAUCCAAUGAUAAAGUUUUGGAUCGCAACUGGUUUGGAGCAUGUUUGAUACGCGAUUGA